GCGGCGUCCGCGAGGGCUGCGGCGGCGGCGCCCGUCCACGCAGCGGGAUGUGCGAGAGUUACUCCCGGUCGCUGCUGAGGGUCUCGGUGGCGCAGAUCUGCCAGGCGCUGGGCUGGGACUCGGUGCAGCUCAGCGCCUGCCACCUCCUCACCGACGUGCUGCAGCGCUACCUGCAGCAGCUGGGCCGGGGCUGCCACCGGUACUCGGAGCUCUAUGGCCGAACAGACCCAAUUUUGGAUGAUGUUGGUGAAGCUUUCCAACUUAUGGGGGUCAGUCUGCAUGAACUAGAAGACUAUAUUCACAAUAUUGAACCAGUCACCUUCCCACAUCAAAUUCCUUCAUUUCCUGUUAGCAAGAACAAUGUACUUCAGUUUCCUCAGCCUGGAAGUAAAGAUGCAGAAGAAAGAAAGGAGUACAUUCCUGAUUACCUACCACCCAUUGUGUCUUCUCAAGAAGAGGAAGAAGAAGAGCAGGUGCCUACUGAUGGGGGUACAUCAGCUGAAGCCAUGCAGGUUCCCUUGGAGGAAGAUGACGAACUGGAAGAGGAGGAAAUCAUUAAUGAUGAGAACUUCUUGGGCAAGAGGCCACUGGACAGUCCUGAAGCUGAAGAAAUGCCGGCCAUGAAGCGACCACGACUGUUAAGCACUAAAGGGGACACACUAGAUGUAGUAUUAUUGGAAGCUCGAGAGCCUCUCAGCUCAAUAAAUACACAAAAGAUCCCACCAAUGCUUUCCCCAGUCCACGUGCAAGACAGUACAGACCUAGCACCUCCUUCACCAGAGCCACCAAUGUUAGCUCCAGUGGCAAAAUCCCAAAUACCAACUGCAAAACCAUUAGAAACAAAGACAUUCCCACCUAAAGCAAAGACUAAAACGACUUCUCCAGGACAGAAAAGUAAAUCACCUAAAACCACCCCUUCACCAGCAAUGGUCGGAAGUCCUAUUCGGUCACCAAGACCUGUUUCCAAAGAAAAAAAAUCACCUGGACGUUCUAAGAGCCCCAAAAGCCCCAAGAGCCCCAAGAUUACCACUCAUAUUCCCCAACCACCUGUCAGACCUGACACACCAAAUAGGACUCCUUCAGCUCCAGUAAGUGAAAAACUUAGUAAAGAAAUCAUCCAGGUAAAACAAACACCACCUCCCCCCGACACUGGGAAACUGAAUAAUGACACUCAGCCAAGAAAGGCUUUGGUAACAGAUAAAACUAUCGAUGACUCUAUAGAUGCCGUGAUUGCCCGAGCCUGUGCUGAACGCGAGCCAGAUCCUUUUGAAUUUUCUUCUGGAUCUGAAUCUGAAGGAGACAUUUUUAUGAGCCCUAAGAGAAUUUCAGGUUCAGAGUGUACCACUCCCAAAGCAUCCACUUCCUCAAACAAUUUCACUAAGGCAGGAUCCACUCCUCUGCCUCUUUCAGGUGGAACUUCUAGUUCUGAUAACUCAUGGACGAUGGAUGCCUCCAUCGAUGAGGUUGUACGCAAGGCAAAACUGGGAACACCUUCCAAUAUGCCUCCUGGCUUUCCUUACAUCUCCUCUCCUUCAGUUUCUCCUCCCACUCCUGAACCUCUCCACAAAGUGUAUGAAGACAAAACCAAGACACCCUCAUCAGUGGAAGUAAAAAAGAAGCUGAAGAAAGAGCUGAAGACUAAAUUGAAAAAGAAGGAAAAGCAGAGAGAUAAAGAGAGGGAAAAAGAUAGAAGCAAAGAAAAAAGUAAAGACAAGGAUAAGGUGAAAGAGAAGGAGAAAGAGAAAGAAGCUGGCAAGGAAACAAAGUACCCAUGGAAGGAGUUCCUUAAAGAUGAAGAUUCGGAUCCCUAUAAGUUUAAAAUAAAAGAAUUUGAAGAUGUUGAUCCAAAAGUGAGAUUGAAAGAUGGAAUUGUGCGGAAGGAGAAAGAAAAGCAUAAAGACAAGAAGAAAGAUAGAGAAAAGGGCAAACGAGAUAAGGAGAAGAGAGAAAAAGAAAAAGCAAAGGAUAAAGGGAGAGAAGAUAAGACAAAGGCUCCACCCACACCACUGGUAUUGCCCCCGAAAGAGAUGGUACUACCCCUAUUCAGCCCUGCUACAGUGAGGGGCCCCUCCAUGCUGCCUGCCCUGUCGCCAAUGCUCCCAGAAAAACUGUUUGAGGAGAAGGAGAAACCUAAGGAGAAAGAAAGGAAAAAAGACAAAAAGGAGAAGAAGAAAAAGAAAGAGAAAGAGAAGGAAAAGGAGAAGAAAGAAAAGGAAAGGGAGAAAGAGAAAAGAGAGAGAGAGAGGAGAGAAAAAGAAAAGGAGAAACACAAGCAUGAAAAAAUAAAAGUAGAACCAGUGGUUCCAGCCCCAAGUCCAGUCAUCCCCAGAUUGACUCUGCGAGUUGGUGCUGGCCAAGACAAGAUUGUCAUCAGCAAGGUGGUUCCAGCCCCGGAGGCUAAGCCAGCCCCUUCUCUGAAUAGACCCAAAACCCCACCACCAGCCCCAGCCACGGUUCCUGUGCACGUGAACCCCACCCCCCUGCCACUCCUCGCCCAGGCCGCAGCAUGUCCAGCUCUGGUGCCCUCCCCAUCCCCUGCCAUCUCUGGGGCAGGAAGCUCCAAGGCCCCCGUGAGAAGCGUAGUGACUGAGACAGUCAGCACUUACGUGAUCCGAGAUGAGUGGGGCAAUAAGAUCUGGUUCUGCCCUGGGUGCAACAAGCCUGAUGAUGGGAGUCCAAUGAUUGGCUGUGACGGCUGUGAUGACUGGUACCACUGGCCCUGUGUUGGACUAAUGGCUGCCCCACCAGAAGAGAUGCAGUGGUUCUGUGCCAAGUGUUCUGCCAACAAGAAGAAAGAUAAGAAGCACAAGAAGAGGAAGCACCGAGCUCACUGACAGCGCCUGGAGGCUGGACCCCGCAGGGUCAGCAAAGGCUGCCUGCUGCCUCCCUGGUGCCUCUGGACAGAGCUAGUGUGGUUCUGCCAUCCCAUUGCCCCCAGGCCUUGGAUAAGGAAUCAGUGAAGAUAGAGGACAAGAACAUGCCAUCCACUCUGCCUUCCCUUCUGAAACACUGGGAAGUUCCACAGUGGCGUGACUGAAGAAAACUCCAGAAGGGGCGUGGCCUGAGGGCUGCCCACCUCCAUUUUUCUAUUACCAGUGACAAGUAUUAUUAAUAAAAGAGACCAUACAUCUUCCCUUUUGCUUUUCUUUAUUCUCUCCAGGGCCUUUUCUUAAGGUGUAAGAUGAGAAGAUAAUGUAUAAACUGCCUUGACUCUAAUUUAAGGAUGAUAUCAUUAGUCUGUAUACAGCUUUCAACCCCUUUCCCUCUAGAGUAAAAUAAUCGUAAUAACAUAAAAGAAAACUCCACUUGGGAUAUUGGUAAAUAUUUUUGUGAUGAGAAUAUAUGAAGCUUCCCUCCAACCCUGUUUUUAGUACUAACAUGUAAAAUGUUUGGGCUUUUGUGAAAUACCUUAUAUUUUUUAAGAAAAAGGUUUCUAUCAUGUCCUCUUUGCUUCUGUGCAAAUUAGUUUUGUUUAACCUAUUUGAUAUCUUUGUUGCAUUCUAAUUUCGCCCUUCUUUAAACUGCUGGAGUCUCUUCUCACUGCUUGUACAUUUCAUCAACUUGUAUAGAGAAAAACUUCAUACUAAAAAAAAUUCUCCUAAUGUAAAUAAUAAAUAUUUAUGAAGUAGUUAUUUUUUAAAUUUUUAUCGUCUUUAAUUCUGGCUUUCUCUGAAAUCCACUGUGAUUUCAGCCAUGUCUGUAAUUACUGCUGUACAUAGGCAAAGGACGAGAAAAAGAGCCAUAGAGCAGAAUAAUUUACCUUGAGCUGAAUGAAACUGUGCAGUGCCCAAAACUUGUGGGUAAGAAGACCCUAGCAGUUGGAAGGAGAACAGGGCGAUUUGAAUCUGGAGUUUAUGUUUUGAAAUCGUUUUGUUUGUCAUCUAUCUUGUUUCUGUAAAUUUUUCUGCCUUUUACUAAAAGGACAUGUAGGCUCCACAAAAGUUAAAAACAAAAAAAAAACCAUCAAACAAGAAAAAAACAUACUGUAGCAUUCUGUGUUUAUAUUGUUUUAUUUCUACAAAUUUGUUCAUUGAUAUUGUGCUUUAAGGCUGAAAUGAAGUAUAUUAUGAAUUUUUUUAAGAAAAUGCAUCAAAUUUCAGGGUAUCUCAAAACCUUAUUAUAUUACUAUACUGCCCACUAUUUAUUAUAUGUUAUAGAUAUCUGAAAGGUAAACCAAAUAUUUUAUUUUUAAUGUAAAAAAAAGACAUCAAAUUUAACUUUAUUAGCAUAUUUUAGUGACUUUGGAAUAACCAAUAAUUUUGAACUUUUACUUGAUUUUGAAAUGACCUUAAUUUGGACCCAUGUGGUAGAUAUCUUGAAUGCUAGAAUAUGGGCUUUGAAUAUAAUACAAAUAUAUUAAUAGAAAAUGUGAAUUGUUUUACUGCAAAGUCAAUUGAUAUUAGUGUUUGCAUUCAUCUUAUUCUAAAAUAUUAUGUGGUUACAGAAAUGUGGUUUUCAGCCGUGAUGUUAAAUUGCAAAUCAGUGGAAAUGGAGUAGACCUUUCAAAAGUACAUGACAUAAUUGCCCUCCUUGUUCUAGAAACCAGAAUUUUUCUAUCCCUGCCAAAAAAAAAAAAAAUUCAUGUUGAGAUAUGUGGUUUUGGUUUUAUUCAUUUGAGAUCAUACUAAAUACAAUAUUUUCACAUGCACAAACCUACCCAUUAGUGCUUUUCAGAGGGAGAUGAGGGAUAGGGAAACUGCAAAAUAAAGAUUAUUGGCUGUUUCAUA